AUGGCAUCCUCUAAGAAGGUUACUCUCUCAGUGCUGAGCCGGGAGUAGCCAGAGGAGGUUAGAGCUUGGGUCCUCAGAAGCAUUGGCAGACCUGAGUUGAAAAAUCUGGAUCCAUUUUAACUGUUUGAUGAAUUUAAGGGAGGAAGGCCAGGAGGAUUUCCAUACCAAGGUUUUGAAAGAGUAUCUUAUCUUCUGAAAGGGUACAGCAUGGCCCAUGAAGACUUCUGUGGACAUGUUGGUAAAAUGAACCCAGGACACCUACAGGCAUGGAUGAUGGGAGGUUGGGGCAUUCUGUGUGCUGAGAUGCCAUGCUCAAAGGAGCCAGCCUGUGGCUUACAGCUGUGAGUGAAUUUGAGCUGCUCAGAAAAGAUUGUGGAACCUCAGUACCAGGAAAUGAAAAGUGAAGAGAUUCCAAAUCGCACCAAAGAUGGUGUGACAGUCACUGUCAUUUCAGGAGAAGCCUUGGGAAUAAAAACUAAGGUUUAUACUCACACUCCAACUUUAUAUGUGGACUUCAGGUUGAACCAAGGAGCAAAGCAUUCCCAGCUUAUUCCUAAGGGGUGGACAAGCUUUGUUUAUGCCAUCUCUGGAUAUGUAUAUAUUAGGCCUGAUGAUGCUCAACAAAAGAUAGAACCCCAUUAUACAGCAGUGGUUGGAGAAGGUGACAGUGUCCAAGUGGAAAAUAAAGAUAUCAAAAGAAGCCAUUUUGUCUUAAUUGCUGAGGAACAACUAAGAGAGCCAGUUGUCCAACGUGGUCCAAUUGUGAUGAAUACCAAUGAAGAAAUUUCUGAAGUCAUUUUUGAUUUCAGGAAUGAAAAAAAAGGUUUUGAAGGGGCCAAAACCUGGAAGUCAAAGAUGGGAAACCAAUGA